UUUUUGUUCACAGUUCUACCACCGAAUCGCCACGAGGAAAUAAACCAUGGACAGAAUUCGGAAGACUUUCAGCACCCGUUCUCCAACCGAGGAGUUGUCUCGAUCCCAGUACUCACUGGUAGCUACCGACGUGACCGUGGAAGCAGUUCAGUUGUGGCUGGAACUCCCUGAUGAAGUGAGGGCUGAUUCUUCGUGGGAAAUCUUUCGAAGCAAGUGGGAAAAGGAACAUGGAGAUGAACAAAGAGGAAUUACAAAUAACACAAUAUUAACACAACGACUACCCUCAGCAAAUUCAGCUCCACAUUUGAAUUGUAACGGACAAAAAGAUGACGUCUCUUUUCUUAAUGGACAGAGUGAGGUGCAAGGAGGUAACGAAAAGUUUGGUAUUAAUGAUUCCGAUGAUUCGCCCACUUCAAAAACAAAAUCAAAAAUAUCACAAAUUAGGCAAACGAUUAAGGUUUCCCUUUUGGUCGGGGUGUGGAUAUUUUUCACAGCGGUAUUCUUAAUGCACAAUGAAAAGGAAGAAGUUACAAGACAUUCUUCGAUUGCUCCUGGACAAAUCAAGGAAUACCUCAUUCAGAAUGACCGAAAUAAGCAUUCAGUUUUAGUAAAGUUGACUGGACCAUUCUUAUCUGAAGCUUACGAGAAAAAAUUGAACAUAAGUGAUAAACAGAAUAUGAGUAGAAUGGAUAUCUGGUUAGAAAAAUGGGUUCCGAAAGGACCUUCCAAGGAUCCUGGAGAGAGUUUUGAUUAUGAAACUAUACAGAUCUCUACCCGUUGGACGGUAAUCCUCGAAAAUCAAGCGGAAGAUUUCCAUGAGAGUGAGACGCGAUCUUCUGCUUUAUUCUUACCAUUUUCUUCUACAAACCAAAGCGUUUUAGCUGUAAGGAUGACUACUACCGCUGAUGUGACAACACCGUUCACUUUGAGCUAUACUUUGGAUCCAUUAGAUGAGACAACAGGAAUUAUAUACGCAUGUAUUCUGCUACUUGCAUUAUACGCCUUAAUUGUUUUUGAGGUUAUAAACAGAACGAUGGCAGCAGUUCUGCUCUCCACGUCAUCAUUGGCUGCAUUAUCCAUUGCUGGCGAAAGACCGUCAGUGCCAGAGAUUAUAUCCUGGUUGGAUGUGGAGACGCUACUCCUACUCUUCAGCAUGAUGGUUCUUGUCGCCAUUUUAGCAGAAACUGGGGUUUUUGAUUACUACGCUGUACUGACAUUUCAGUUAGCGAGAGGAAAGAUAUGGCCGUUAAUAACUAUGCUAUGUGGAGUCACAUCAAUAGUGUCACUGCUACUGGAUAAUGUUACUACUGUGCUUCUAGUAACGCCAGUCACAAUACGGUUAUCCGAAGUGAUGGAAUUGGAUCCCAUACCGGUAUUACUGUCUAUGGUGAUAUUCUGCAAUCUAGCGGGUACAGCGACACCAGUAGGCGAUCCCCCAAACAUCAUCAUAGCUUCGAAUAAGCAAGUAGUUCAAGCUGGCAUCAAUUUCACCAAUUUUACACUGCACAUGACCUUCGGUAUUCUUUUUGUGGCUGUUCAGACCUACCUUCAGCUCAGGUUCAUUCUUAGAGACACCAGUAAGCUGAGACUGACUGAACCCAAGGAUGUUCAAGAUCUUCGUCGUCAAAUUUUAAUAUGGAGGCGUGCAGCAGAUUCUUUGCCGCAUCUAAGUCCUGAUCAGCUCGUGGUCAAAGAUAGAUUGGAAAGGAAAAUAAAGAAAUUGACUAUAAAACUGGAAGAGCUGAUCAAGGAAGCAAAGAUCAGAGCCUACCCUGAUGAAAAUUUUGAAAAUACUUUAGCAGAAAUGAGGAAAAAGUAUAAAAUAAGAGACGCUGCGUUGCUGGUGAAGUGUGCGGUCACUAUUGUAUUUGUUGUCAUCGCGUUCUUCCUGCAUUCCAUACCAGAAUUCAACCGAGUAUCCCUGGGCUGGACGGCUUUACUGGGCGCGUUGCUGCUGCUGACGCUGGCAGACCGUGAGGAUCUGGAGUCAGUGCUGCACAGGGUUGAGUGGUCUACACUACUCUUCUUUGCCGCACUCUUCGUGCUAAUGGAGGCUUUGUCUAAGUUAGGUCUGAUUGGCUACAUCGGAGGUUGGACAGAAGCUUUAAUACUUCGAGUAGAUGAGAGCGAUCGUCUGGCUGUAGCCCUUAUCCUAAUGGUCUGGGUGUCAGGCAUUACAUCAGCGUUUGUGGACAAUGUUCCUCUGACAACUAUGAUGGUUAGAGUCGUGACGUCACUGGGCACUCAUCCUACGCUUAACCUGCCCAUUGAGCCGCUUAUAUGGGCACUGUCCUUCGGUGUCUGUUUGGGAGGUAAUGGCACACUAAUCGGUGCUAGCUCAAACGUAGUGUGCGUCGGAUUGGCAGAACAACAUGGUUAUAAAAUAACAUUCAUGCAAUUCUUCAAAAUUGGCUUCCCAGUUAUGAUAGGCCAUUUAGUAGUAGCUACAGCGUAUUUGUUAGUGUGCCAUUGCGUUUUUUCAUGGCAUUUGAUAAAUUGAUGGUCCAUUAAUAUUUUCCAAAGAAUCGUGAUUGGAAAUUGUACUUUAUUAAGUUUUCAAAUGAUUUCUAAGUAAUAGCUUGAAAGCUUCCUCAGCAAGGUGCCUCGGUUAAGAUACAAAAUAGAGAUUACGACACAGUCAAAGGUGAGAGAGAGUCUCAGACUCUUAUUGAUUAAAAACCACCCUGUUCUUUUUCCUGCUCCAGGCCGG